AUGGACAAGUACGAGAAGGUGAUGUGUUUGGGCCGAGGAGCAUCAGGAGAAGUUUUCCUGAUGAGACACGUUGAGUCGGAGAGGCUACAUGCAGUCAAGAGAAUCAAACUGGAGAGCGCUCGGACACGGAGGGCUAUUCUUCAAGAGGCGGAGAUCAUUAGGAAACUGAAGCAGCCUCACAUAGUGAACUGCAAUGAGGCUUUCGUGAGCCCUGAUGACAGCUUUAUUUAUAUUGUGAUGGACUACUGUGAUGGCGGGACAUUAGAUGACAGAGUCAAAGAGAGGAAACCUAGCGACUUCUUCGCAGAGAGUACUAUUAUGGGAUGGUUUGUGCAGCUCGCUCUGGCUGUGAGUUACAUACAUGAAGUUAAAAUACUUCACAGGGACAUCAAAACCUCAAAUGUGUUGCUAACAAAACAAGACGUGGUGAAGUUGGGUGACUUUGGAGUAUCCAGAAUGAUGACGAGCACAGCUGACAUGGCCUCCACGUGUGUGGGAACUCCUUGCUACCUAAGCCCGGAACUCUGCCAGGAUGUUCCUUACAGCUCCGAGUGUGACAUCUGGGCUCUGGGCUGCCUGCUCUACGAGAUCUGUGCUCUCGCGCCUCCAUUUGUAGCCUGCAACCUCCUCAGUCUCUUAAACAAGAUCACCAAAGGAGAGUACGAACCGGUGCCUGAACUUUACUCUCAAAAUGUUUCCUCUUUAAUCCAAAGGAUGUUAAACAUUGAACGCCAAAACAGACCCAGUGCUGCCUGUAUAGUUAACAGCUUCUUUGUGCAAGAUCACUUGCAGAAUAUUCAACGUAACGACACGCUGAAUAACGAUACGGAUGUGGAGGAGGAGGAUUCCUGUGCUGGUGGCUGCCUCUACCCUGACGACUUUGACGAGGACGAGGAGCGAAGUUUGUCUCCUUUGGAGGAACAGAGCCAACAUUCGUUCUCAUCAACAAGGACGCAUUCUGCUGAGCUUCUCGUGUUUUCACAGUCUUGCCAGAAUGUUACGGACCAAAUUGAAUAUCCGGAUGAUUUUGAGGAAGAUGAGGAAGAGGACAAGUGUGCAGAAGUGGCUUAUGGAAAUCACACUUCCACUCUUGACUGCGAUGAUUCCCUGGUUGAGUUCCAGCUCUGUGAUGCUGGAGGAAUGCUCGUUACACUGAAGGCCUUAAAGGAGAAGGCCUAAAAAUGCACAUUUGAACAGACUGUGAUGUGUUGGUGUGCGUGUGCGCGUGUGUGCGUGCGUUUCAAACUAUGUUCUAUAGAGCAAAAAGGGCAUUUGAGCUCAGAGGCUCUUUUCAGAAUGUAUGUGACAGCAUAGUUGUUGUUCUAAUGUUGGAGCCAAACACACCACACGAUAUGUUGGUGCAAGUGAAGCAUGAAACAUUCAUUUGUGCAUUGACUCUAGAUGUAUUGCGACGAGGAGUAAAUAAUCAUUCAUCUCGAUGUACGAUCUCACAGAGAAAAGGUUGAGGACCGAAGCAAACAUGUUACAGCAUACGGAUACGGCCGCAGAGUUGCAAAAUUUCGAUACGAAUUUAGGAUGGGUAAUUUACAAAACUGGAAUCUUUCUAUGAGAAUUCUGGAGCAUAAAUCUAAAUUUUCAAACACAAGUGUAAACAUUUUGUUGAGGCCCAAAGACAUCUAUACAAAA